AUGUACUCCCCGUCCUUCCGGACUCCGACAACCGAUGUCAAGUCAACUCCAACGCCUCGCCAGCUCGCCGCGGUACCUCCAUCGGAUCCGCCGAGCUCAUUAACCGUAGUAGCGAUCGAUCAGUGCCGAGAUCCCCACCAACGUCCUCGCCGCUGUCGACGGUACUUCCAUCGGAUCCGCCGAACAUCUGUACCGCCGAGCCAAAUGCUGUUGUCUUCUGUUGUGCCGUCCUUGGGUAGUAGUAGUGCUCGAUCGAUGCCAAGAUCCCCGCCAACGUCCUCGCCGGCUUGCAACCACGCCUCCAUCGCAUCCGCCAAGCUCUUUGUUUCAACGCCCUCACCGACCGUUUGCCGAGCUGUGUACCGCUGCAACCUUCCUACUAGUCCCUAUUUGAUCGAGGCCAAAAUUCCUCAAUGUCCUCGUCGUCUCGUCACAGUACCUCCGCCCGCUCCUCCGAGCUCUACACCGCUUGACAGCUCCAGCUUUUCCUCCGACAACGUGAUCGCGCUGUGGUCUUGCCACCAGUUGAGCUCAAGCGAUGGCGAGAUCCGUAUCCGACAAACUCCCUUCUUCUCUCCUCCGUUUGUCCGACAGGCACAGCAGCACGACGCUUCCCUAUUUGGUCGAUCAUCGUCCUUCCUCGAAGCUCCUCCCCUUGAUCCUUGA